AUGAUGAUACUAAGAGUUCCUUGUUAUUUAAAUUUAAAGGUAGUUGUUUUACGAGCAGCUUUACUUUCGAUGUCAAAUUUGUUAUCAUCACGCCUAAGUAGAAGCAAGGAACUUAGCAUGUGUCCACCAUUCGUAACUUUUAAAAUGAGCGACCUUAUACCGAAGGGAGGAUUUAAAAAAAAAUAUCUGGAUUUUUACAAAUCUGCUCGGGUGGAUAUUAUAGAUUGUCCCUUUACUUCACUUAAACAGAAACUUCUUGGUAAUCUAACAUUGUUUCUUAAGAAUCUUUCCUUAAGAAAUUUUGAUGUUUCAGAAUAUAAACAAGAUUUAGUAGAACAUAAUUAUUCUUCCGGUCCUUCUUGGUAA